GCCUUUUGGGGUACUUUACUUUGUCUCCACGAGUAUAAAUUUGUCAUAAUUGGGGAUUUUUUGAUUCUUGAAGGAAACGAUAAUACUACAAAAAGGAAAGAACCAUGGAAUGGAACAAGUCCUAAUUCCCAGAAAGCUCGCUUACCAAGAAUUUAAUGGAGCUGUAGCGAUUAACGAUCAACCAAUUAGGUCAAGAAGAAGAACGAGAGAGAGACAUUAUCAAGCAUCAUCAUCAUCCAUGGAGCCCAAUCCUCCUUACCUUCAAAACAAUAACAGGUAUGUCCCUUACUCACCCAAUCCUCCUCCUCUUCCUCCAGUGGUUCCCAAUAGCCCUAAUAUCUAUGGCCCCCACCACCACCUUCCUCCGCCACCGCCACCAGUUCCACCUUCACGCCACCCUCUCCCUGCCCAACCUCCGCCGACACCACCUCCUAACAUUCCCUACCAAUUCAACUUCAGACCUAACCGUAAGUCUAAUCAACCAAGGGAAGACACUCACCAUCCUAGAUCUACGAUGAACCAUCAAUUUCCUGAUGUUGCCCGCUCCCCUCGGCUCUCUUAUGGAGUCCCUGUCGAUGAUGACCGACCUUAUCAUCCUCAUCGUCAUCAGCAUAGAUACGCUGAGUCGGAUCCAUCCUGGGAUGGUCGGGCAUACCCUGUUGGCAGCCUGGAUCGCGAGCCUUAUCCACUCCAGUCCGAUCGUGGUCAGUUUCAUCAGCUAGCUGUAUCACCAUAUCGUCCAAUUGAGAAGAUUAGGCAUGAUUUUGAGGGUGAUGUUAGGUUCAGAGACGGGUUUGAACGGAAUCCACAAAGAGAAGAUUUUAUGUGGGAUCGUGGUUGUAGGAAUAGUCAUUUUAGUAGUUCUUCUAAGGGUUGGUCUGAACGUGGUGCAACAUCCUCGAGAGCUUACGAAGGCAAUUAUGAUAAGAGGAGUCAUCAUCGUGAUUCAUCUGAUACUGAAAAUCAUAGAUGGGCACGUACUAGAGAGGUUGCAAGAGAAGGCGAUGGUUUUCGAAGGGGUUUGGGAAAACAAGUAUAUUACAGUUCAGAGUUGGAAAGAUAUGAUAAUAAGGUAAGCAAGGAGGUUAACUACGAGUUGGAUCACACUCCGAGGAAGCAAAUGCAGAAGAGGAGUGCUUUGUUGAGGAUUCAGAAACCAAAACCUAGCUAUAGGAAUACGGAGGACGAGGUGUCACAUUAUUCAGGUUAUUUCAAUGACACCAAAUCUAGUUCCUUUAGGGGUAUGGAGCAGCUUGAAUAUACAGAUCGUGGAGUGGAAGAAAAUAGGAGAGAGGGGAGCCCUGUAGAGCUUGAUGUUUCCUUUAAAUCAAACUCACUAGUAGCCAAGGCAAUUGUUCCACCAUCGAGUUCUGCAGUUGUUGCUGGGGAGAAUUUUGCUCCUAGAAAUAGCGAAAUUAGGAAAUUUGAGGUAUCUGAGAAGGAUUGUUCUAACGAGAGUACUGUCAAAUUGGACAGGGCUCUCUCUGCUACUAAGAAUACAUCCACUUCUAACCCGGCUGCAAACUCUGGCAUUGAUAAUGUGCACAAAAGUAGUUCACAACCUUCUUCCCACAAAGUUGAUAUUUCUCUUGGAAAAAGAAAAGUGGAGAGGUCCGCUAAAGUUAUGGUGUCAGGUAGCAGUGGCAAAACAAAUUCCAUCAUGGUUGCCAAGAAGAAAAAAAUUGUCAAAAAAGUAGUGAAAAAAGUCUCUGUCCCACGGUCACGGAUACCAAGUUCACGGGCAAAAGGUAAGCUCGAUGAGCCCGUGGAGGCAGAUACUUCCACCCUUUGUCAACCUACUACGUCUGUGACUGAAAAUUUUUCAACACCUUCAGGAGAGAAUGUAACUUCUGUUGGUUUAAUGUCAGUGCAUCAUACGGACAGCCAGCCUUUUCCAAAUGAUGCAUCUAUGCCUGCAUAUGAAAGAGUGGAAGGAUCUCCAAAGACUGUUGUUCCAGAGGAAGUUAGUGGAGAUGUUUGUUGUGGGGGAUUGAAUCUUCAGAAGUCUAAGAGAAAGUGGAAUGAUUUAACGCCUCCUUUGAAUUCUUCAAAAGAUAAACAUAUCAAGUUUGAUGAGAAUUCUGCGAAUGCAGAUAAUUUUGCGCGUGGCUUGCAGACUCUGUAUAACCCUGACAAGGAUUGUACUGAACCUCAAAGUGAAAAAUUCCCUUUAUUUAGUGUUGAAGGUUUCGGCAAGCAGGGUUGUCAGAAUGAAUGCUCUAUCUUACUUGAUAGUAGUUCAGCAGCGUUAUCUUCAGAGGUGAUGCUUUCAGUAGGAAGCAGUAUUGAUUCUAGUUUGUUAAGUUCAGAGAAAAACAUGACUCGGGGCCUUAUGAAUACAAGUAGCACUAACCAUGAAUUGAAUUCUGCUGUGUUUAUUGACGGGAGUUCAAUGAACUCUCUAGAGAGGAUUGUAUACACUGACUUUGAAACUGUGGAAAGUGUCAGCUGUCGGAGUGGUACAGGUCAGAUCGAAAAAACUGAUGAUGAUGGUACUGUGGAAGGAUUUCCAAAGACUGUAUCUUCAGUAGGUGAUAUACUCGCAUUGAAGAGUCUAGAGGAAACCAGGAUUGACGAUUGUAAAAUAGCUACUGAGUCUUCUGACCAGGUUGCAAGUACUAUAUAUAGCUCCAGAAAUAGUUGUUUUAGUUCAGAAGAAGCCAAUCUUGAGACAGGUGAUGAUAUACGUAACCAGCUGUAUCAAGGUGGGAUUACCAUGUUGCGUGACAGUGGUACCACGGUAAGUUCCCUGGAUGAUCCUAUUUCAGCAGAAGUUAGUGAAGAAUGUAGUCCUAACAAUAGGAGAGAAGCUAGGAGUACUCGCCUAGACAUGUUGAGGUCAGGGAUGAAUAACUUGCAUUUUGCACCUCCAAAUGUAGUGAGCUCUCCACCUUGUGUGGACAAGAACUUAAGUUUAUCUUUUCAAGAAUCUGAAGUUACAAUUUCUCAUGUUCUUGCUAACGAUAUUGGCUUACAACAUCGUGCUGAUGGAUUUGGUGUCAUGCAAGGGAGCAGUUCUAUAGAUGGGUUGUUAGAGGCUAAGAUUUCAGCUAGCAUUGAGGUUAAUGUGAGACUGGAUGAGGUUUCAAAGAAGAAUGAAGAUGAUAAAAUAAUGUCUGCUGAUUAUAUGGUACCAGCUAGUCCAAUUAUGUCUGCUGUCAAUCAAAGAAACACUCGAACUGAAUUGAGGAAUGAGAGUUAUCUGCAUCAUGAAAGUGUCUUGCCUUCUGUUUCAAGCCAUCCAUCCUUAUUGGCACAUGAUAAGGGAGUUUCUACUCCCUACUCCAAUGAAGAGUCAAUGGAGAUUGUUUCUGGAGUCUCUGAUGGUUGUUCUUCAGUGUUGACCAAAGAGCUGGAGUCAUCACUCAAACAGAUUGGUAAAGAUAACAUUGAUCAGGAUGACACAGUUCCAGAUGAGAAUCCUGUAAUUAGAGGUGGUUGUAACUUAUCUACCCAAAGUUCACAUUCAAUAGAAACCAAAAUUUAUUCAAAGAGAAAUCUUGUAAUGGAAAAGAAUCAGUCUACCAAUCGGAAGGCAUUGCCAUCACAGGAUUCUAACAUUACUACUCACAGCCGGUAUCCUUUGAGUGCAGAAUCAUACGGGAAGAAGAUCCAUUCUAGUCAUGCUCCUUCCAGAAUUCCUGGUUAUUCUACUGUUCUCUAUAAUGCUUCAGGAAGCAAAUCCUCCUCCACCCAUGUUACUCAACACCGAACAUGGCAUCGUACUACUACUUCAGCUUAUCCACUGUCGAAAAUAAAACCCAUCUCCGGUACUGUCCCUCCACAAAGACAAUUUCCUAGAAGAUCCUCAAAGCUUCUGAAUAAUUCAUACAUUUGGAAGGGGAACAGUCUUGUUAGAAAAUCUCCUCCAGUUACGGGAUUACGUAGUUUGAGUUCAUCUGUUUAUCAGCUGAACUCUUUGGGCACAGAUGAAGUGAAGAAGAGUUCUGGAUCCGAAAGUAGGGUUGAUGGUACUGACACAUCAAGUUCCUUGGGAACAGGAGUUGUGAGUGCUUCAUCUGAGAGGCCCAGAAUACCACUGUUACCCGGUAUCACCAAGAUUCCAAAUAGAUCUACGACCUCUUCAGGUGAUCAUACAUCUUCCUUGCUAGCGGAGACUUUUAAUGUUUCCAAUGAGACUACAUCACUGAAAUUUGCAGAGAGUAAUGAUGCACCUUCAGCUACUAGGGAUUUAUCAAAAAUUCCUGAGACUUCUGUUUAUAUUACUGGUUCAACAAACAAUUCGAAUAACCGGAAUGAGCUUAGUGAUGGAAAUUUGACAUCUUUAAAUGCGAAGAGCAUAACAUAUGUAAAGAAAAAAUCAAAUCAGUUAAUUGCAACUUUAAGUACUACUGGUCUCUCUGUACACAAUACAGAGAACACCGUGGCUGCUUCAUCCGAUGGGUACUACAAAAGGAGCAGAAAUCAGCUAAUAAGAACUCCCCUUGAAGGUCAUGCCAAGCAGACGGUUGCAAUGCCUGAUGCUGCUUUAAUUUCAAAGGGGCUAACAACUUCUGUAGUUCUUCCUGGAAGAAGUUUUGGUCGAACGCGAAAUCAGGAAGUGUGGACUCUGCAUGGUGCACAAUUAUUGAGGAAGAAUGGUAGUUCAUUGAAACAUCAGGUCCUGCCUCACCUUCCCUGGAAAAGAGCAAUGUACUCAAGAAGUUUCAUGCAAAGUCCAGUUUCCAUUUCAAAUAAUAGUUCCUUGUCUACAAUCAGGAAAUUGCUCACAUUGAGAAAGAGGAACACUGUUUACACAAGGUCAAGAAAUGGAUAUUCUCUUCGAAAGUUCAAGGUAUUAAGUGUUGGUGGCCGCAACUUAAAAUGGUCAAAAUCCAUUGACAGGCAUUCAAAGAAAGCUAAUGAGGAAGCUACACUGGCAGUUGCUGCAGUGGAGAGAGAGAAGAGGGAGCAGAACGGUGCUGCAUGCGCUGUUUCUGGGACAAAGAGCAGAAGUCAUUCUUCUCAUAAGUCAUCUAACAAUGGAGGAGAAAGAAUAUUUCGCAUUGGUUCUCUCCGCUACAAAAUGGAUUCUUCCAAGCGGACCCUCCAAAGGAUAUCAGAUAAGGAGUCUUCAUGCUCAACAUCUCUCCAAACAGAGAAGAUUAUGAAGAAUCCUUACGUUCCUAGGAGAUUAGUGAUUGGCAAUAAUGAAUAUGUAAGGGUUGGCAAUGGUAACCAGCUCAUUAGAGAUCCCAAAAGACGAACUCGUGUCUUGGCGAGUGAGAAAGUUCGAUGGAGUUUACAUACUGUUAGGUCAAGACUUGCCAAAAAACGGAAGUUUUGUCAGUUUUUCACUAGAUUUGGGAUGUGCAACAAAGAUGAUGGCAAAUGUCCCUAUAUUCAUGACUCCUCCAAAAUUGCAGUCUGCACUAAGUUCCUGAAUGGUUUAUGUCACAACUCAAAUUGCAAAUUGACUCAUAAGGUCAUUCCAGAAAGGAUGCCAGAUUGUUCUUAUUUUUUACAAGGUCUUUGCACAAACAGAAGUUGUCCGUAUCGGCAUGUUCAUGUGAAUCCAAAUGCCCCUACUUGUGAAGGAUUUCUCAGGGGCUAUUGUGCUGAUGGCAAUGAGUGUCGGAAGAAGCACAGCUAUGUCUGCCCCUCUUUUGAAGCAACGGGAUCCUGUCCUCUAGGAUCCAAGUGCAAGCUUCACCAUCCAAAAAAUCGAAAUAAGGGGAAGAAAGGUAAAAGAUCGAUAGAACAGAAGAAUGUUAGAGGGCGUUACUUUGGUUCGAUGAGGAUAGACAUCUCUGAUAGUGGAAAAGCGGCGUUUGAGAUGCACUCUGUGCAAGAUGGUGAUGAUGUUCCCUUCAAAGGAAAGUUUGCUGAUUUUAUCGGCAUUGAUGAUAGUGAUGAAGAUGGAGAUCGUAAUGAUGCGACAACAGAGCGAAUAGCAUCUUCCAGAAGUGGUCCAUCAGAUGUACGAAUAGAUGACAUAGAUGAGCUAAUUAAACCAAUACGUAUUAUGACAAGAAUUUGAGGACAUGAUCAUCUCCACCAGUCUGGCAGCCAAGCUCAAAGUGUGAAGGUUGCAAAAUAUCUGACGACAUGAUCAUCUCUGUGUAAGAAUUGAUUCUGUUGGGUACGAGGUAAAGCUGUUAAAAGGAAUUCCUACUGCCUGUGUUUGUAGAGUGAUUUGUCUGUAAGUUCUUGUACAUGUAUAUAGGGGUUUCUUUGUUUUGUUCUUUUUAAAAAAAAUUUGUGUAAUUUACAUUGUAUGUUUGAUUUAUGAAAAAUACUGCAAAAGCAUAUAUGAAUUAUUGGAUUUGAGCCUCAAA